AUGAAGGUGAAAACUCGCAUUGUCCUUGCCAAGAACCACAAAGUAGGAGGAGACACCGUCAAAAAUGUCAUCAACAGUUUCGGAUACAGGAAGAACUUGACGUUUCUUUUGCCCAAACCAUUCAAAAACAGCAUGGCGUAUCCCCAUGGUAUGACUUCGCAGAAUCUUAUGGCCCUGCCAAAGGGCAAGCCAGACAUUUGGGUUUACCAUACGAUAUUCAACAGUCAAAAGUUCAGAAGUAUGUUCCCUAACGAUACAGUGUACAUCACAAUACUAAGAGAGCCCUUCAGCCAGCUUAAGUCAGUAUGGAAUUACUACAAACUAUCCUCGAAGUUUAACAUCAGUGAGGAUGGACCAGCUGGCAUUGCAACAUUCCUGGACAGUCCGGAGAAAUACGAUAUGAAAUGUGACCACGGUUCUCGCUAUCCUUUUUGUUUUACUAGGAAUCCCAUGGCAGUUGAUCUAGGGUUCCCAAUGCAAGAAAACAUGAAAAUACUGCAAACACAACAACAAAAACAAAAGAUAUCCAAAGAUUUCGUUCGCCAAAUCGAAGGGCAGUUUUCACUAGUUAUGAUCAUGGAGCAUUUCGACGAAUCGCUGGUUUUACUGAAACGUGAAAUGUGUUGGACUCUGAAAGAUAUCCUUUAUUAUGUUGCAAACAAUCGCAACUACUCAUGGCGCCAUGUCGAAAUACCAACAACACAAAAGAAACAACAUAAACAAUGGAGUUCUGUUGACUACGCUCUAUACAACUACUUCAACAAAACCCUUUGGAACAAAAUAGAACGAUCUGAAAACGACUUCAACGGUGAACUAAGAUUCUUCAGACACGUAAACGCGAAAAUGAAGGAACACUGUGAUCAACUAUUGAGAGGAGAGGCUUGUUCUGUCUACGGUUCUGUUUUGAAAAUCAGCGAAUCAAGAUGGAGUCCUGGCUUUGACAUUGACCUAGAAGAUUGUGAACUCAUCAAGAGAACGUCGCAAUGUCACUUUGCUCUGCAAGCAGAGAGGGCAAUCAGAGUUCUAGGGAAACAACAAGACAUCGACCCGUCGAAUUGGAGGAAGGGUCGAGAGAACGUUGACCUCCCGUUCCUCCAACUCAGCCCUCCUGACGGCUGUACAAACUUUCUCAACAUUCUUCGAGGAAUUAGGCAAGCCUCCAGAAGAAAAGAAACAGAAGAGAGGAAAGCACACAGCUCUAAGCGCGUGCUUGAACCAAAGCCCCUGUCUAAGUGA